UUGUUAGUGGCACAGCCUUGGCCUGGAAGGGAAGGAGCAGGCAGUAAGUGCUGUGUCUCCAGGUAUGAAAGGCCAAGCAAUUGUGGCCUCAUUUGGCUAAGGUUGUAUACAGAGAAAGAUCUGUGGAUGGCUGGCAAGGAGGGAGGGAGGAGCAGGCAGCGGCAGCAGGAAGGAAGAGGGGACGAGGCCAGGGUCAUACUCAAGGUUGCAGACGAGAGGGAGAACCAUUACCUUGUUUACCUGAGGAGGAGUUGUGAACGCAGAUGGCGAGUGUGAGUGAUGGUGAUGAAACCCUGGUGAAGGAGGACAGUGAGGGCAGCCCAGUUCAGCCAUUCCCACAGUUGCUGCCAGUCAAGGGGCUAAGCCAGGCCCUGACAGCCCCCACCCUCCCCAGAGCUGAGGGUGAAACUGUGUGCUGGAUUCUCCCUGAAAAGGAUGGUGAGAAGGGCCAAGUAAGCAGCAGCAGCAGCAGCAACACAGAGGUGUGCAAGGGUUGCCAGAAGCAGCGCAGUGCACAAGGGCGGGGAGCCAAGAGAGCAAUAGAACCGCCCUUACUGGAGUACUCCUUUGCUAACCUGUACCUCUCCCCUGGCAAGAAGAAGCCACUGUUGCGACGGAGCAAGCUGGCAGCUCUCGGUGUGCAGUACAGUAGUGAGGUGCGUGGUGGACAGAGCAUAGGGAUUAUAAUGGAGCAGGUCACUUCACCCAAAGAUGUGUGCAUUAGUAACACAUCCACAGUGGAAGUUGGGGUGGACAAGUGUUCGAGCCCAAAGGUUCACAGUGGCAGCUCACUGCUUAGUUCCAAAAAGACUGAGCCAGUGGCAGCAGUAGAACUUCAUGUUCCUAAGGCAAGAGUGUUUGAGUUAGUCAAUAAAUCAACAGAUACUGAAGACUUUGCCAGUGUGUGCCAGAGUAACCAGAGUCAGGUAGAGAGUAGAUAUAAUGUAAGUAAGAAGCUAGAGUUUUCACCACAUGGAUGCAGACACCGAGGGCAACCCAAGUCACGGCGUGCCCUCUACAAGAGGCGGUGUCGCAGGCGGCUGGCAGAAGUGGAACUGCCAGACCUGAAGAGUCUCUCCAUCACAGAAGCAGGUGCAGCACGCUCAUGCUCCCAGCAGGCACGCAGCCUGGACUAUGAAGAUGUCACCAUGGAUGAACUGGCUGCCUACUUGGACAACUUCCUGUACUUGCCCAAGAAGAUGUCCCACAUGGCAGAGAUGAUGUAUACCUGAGGAUGUAGAAGCUGCCCUCCACCAGGCUCUUUGGGCAUUGGUCUCUGAUGCUGAAAUGUUAGUUGAGUGUGUUGUUUAUAUGCCGCAGACUUUGCAGUGAUAUUCAUUUUUCUUUCUUUAUUAAGGUUUCUUGUCUUUCACAAAAGUGACUAUCCUUGAAAACUUUUACAAUUAAUGUUUGUCAUCCACAGCUAAAGCUUAGAGCUUCCUGUUGCUGAUAAUCUGAAGAUGAUAGUGAAGUAGUGGCUCAGUUGGUACUGGCCUGCAGCACAGCACUCAUGCACUCUGAUCUCUGUCUUAGGGUUCCACAGAAGUUAUAGUAAACUUGCAUUUGGUGACUCUUUCCUCUUUAAUGUUGAAUGCACCCUUAUUCUGAAAUCACAUUCAUAUUCAAUGCAGUAGAAUAGUAAACAGAUUAAUGAGUUAAAACAUGAACCCACACACUCCAUAGAUACGGUCAUGAUCUUGGGCAAAUAUCCAUGCCAGACAAGGCACACCAUUUCUUAUAAGCUUUUCCUUCUACUAAUUCAUUACUCACACCUAUCACAACUUUCCUCUCUCUCUCUCUCUCUCUCUCUCUCUCUCUCUCUCUCUCUCUCUCUCUCUCUCUCUCUCUCUCUCUCUCUCUCUCUCUCUCUCUCUCUCUCUCUCUCUCUCUCUCUCUCUCUCUCUCUCUCUCUCUCUCUCUCUCUCUCUCUCUGAGGAAGUGAAGAAAAAUUGAGGGGAGGAGGAAGUAACAGUAAGGAAGGGGCAGCAGGUAGUGGCUGGAAGAUGAGAGAAAGAGAGAGACUGGAGAAGUGGUCCCACCUGGGUACUUGCCCCAGACCAUGGCUGCACAUUGAAUGGAAACACAUAUGCAGCAGCUAUGCGACCAGGCACCUGAGCAGGGUUGGAGCAUGUGAUGUCAGUUUUGCAGCCACUAUAAACUUUGCUUGUUCACUUGCUAAAGUAUUUAUACAGGCUAUAAUAAUUUUGUAUGUUCAUAUUAAACUCCUCCAGAAAGAUUUUUUUUCUCAAGUUUUCAGUAUAUGACUAACAGCUUUGUCUUUUAUUUAUUGUCAAGUGUUUUAAGUUUCCCUUAGUAAGAAGGUAAAUAACCAUGACCACAGGAUCUUUUCCUUUGGAACAUGAAUUAUGUAAUGAGGCAUAAUUACUUAUUUGUGGGAAUUUAUGAUGGGAAGGAAUGUCUGGGAAGCCUUGAUGGAUUAGGAAGAGAGGGCAGAGUUCAAUGAUGUGACAUACAAUUCCUUUUAUAGAUACAGUCACUCCUGAUUAACCAGAUAAGCAGGGAAAACAAGAUGGACCCAUGUAGCAGCAAUAGUUCCUCAUGUGGCUGUGGUUUGAUCUGAUUGACCUGAUAGUAGAGUGGGAGGGGCAUUAUUCAAGGCUGUGGUAGAAGUGGUUCCACCUGUAGUUGUGGUCAUUUCUGAUUAGCUAAAGAAUAAGCCUUCCUGUGCUCUGCUUCCUGCCUUCUGUGGAGCAAGGUGGCAUCAGUAAUGGGCAGAACCUAACAAAGAAUGAAAUACUAAGCUAUGAGAGGAAAAUCCAAAGGUGGUUCAUAAUUUACUGAAAUUGUGGAGGGAAUGGGAUUGUCCAUGAGGUUACUCACUUACUGGAAGGAUUGCUGGUGUCAUUAAUUGCAUCCUUAAAGGGAUGAGGGAGGGGCAAGGUUUAUCCAUGAGUGUAACGAGCAAACUAAUGAGGCUGAGGAGCAGAAACCAAAUAGCAUCAAAAUACAAAGUAUGUUUUCUGUGAUCACUAUGUAUGUAUAUAAACUAGUGUUAUGUCCUUCAGAGCAAAAUGCAAGUACAAUUGAAGAAAGCCUUCCUUGGUAUGGAGCAGUUGCCAAUACAUGAUGUAAGAUAGAGAUAUAAAUGUAGCAUGACUGAAAUGGUUUCUUUCUUAUUUUGAAUUACAGUGUUAAGCUGAAGUUUGUAUAUAUAUAUAUAUAUAUAUAUAUAUAUAUAUAUAUAUAUAUAUAUAUAUAUAUAUAUAUAUAUAUAUAUAUAUAUAUAUAUAUAUAUAUAUAUAUAUAUAUAUAUAUAUAUAUAUAUAUAUAUAUAUAUAUAUAUAUAUAUAUAUAUAUAUAUGAAUUGAGAGUAUUUAGCUUGGAAGAUUUAUAAUUAGCUUUUUUAGAUAGACUGAUGCGUAUGGUAGUGUUCUUCCUAGGCUGUGUUUAGAAUCAUUGGUGUUGAAAUGUGUCAUUGCAAUAUAAAAGGGUUCAAUGGAGAAACAUUGUUCUAAAAGCAAUGUAACAACCACUAUAAAAAUAUGUUAAGAAUUUAUAACUUCACAGAUGGAUAAAAGUUUUCAUUUCAACAUUUUAUUGCAUUAAAUCACAGUAUGAUGGUAUUUACAUAAGAAUUUUGAGAAUGCAGUACUGUACUGAUCAUUGUAGCUUGCUGAAUAAGGGGACUAGCAAAGUACAUUGGCAUCCCCACCCAGUAUGUGGUACAGAACAUCUCAUUGCAGUUUGUCCACAUGUUGCACCAUCAUGAGUAAUCACUACAAGAUGAGGAUCUUUGUCCUCUGCAUCUCUGGUUAUUGGCUGUCUCAACACAGUGCAGCUUCACAUGGCUCAUGGUGCUGCUUUCUCUAAGAAUUUAUCUUGCCACACUUUGUGCAAACCAGUAAUCAGUAAAAUGUCUUCAUUUACCUAUAAGGAAAGGGGAAAAUAUUUGAGGAAAAAAAAACAUUGAGGCAGGUGUGGAACUGACCUGGUGGGAGGUGGGGCAAGAAAGAUAAAGGUGACCACCUCACCCAGUAGCAAAAAGAUGGCUAGGUCAGGGAACCCUGUGUCUCUCAAUGAUUAGCAGUCUAUAACAAUGUUUAAUAUGGGCAAGCUACACUGGCAUGUUCUGUACUACAUCAAGGGAGAGGUGGACAAUACACCAUAGCAGUUGGCUGAUUCUCUUGCACAGCAAACUUCAGUGAUUAAUAUUGUACAUGAUGAGCUAAUUGUUUAGGAGCAUGGAGAAACCCUUAAAACUCAGCCAUGUAUUAUUUCAUUACUCACAGUGAAUCUAAGCUGAUAAAUACUCUACAUUAUAAUGCCUAGUCAGAGAGAGAAGUUGAAAAGUAGUUAUUACCAUAUGUUGCACAUUAAGACUCGGGUGCUAGUUUUUAUUUUUGUUUUAUUUAUUUAUUUAUUUAUUUAUUUAUUUAUUUUUUUUUCCAGCUUACUGUGGCACUCAGUAUGAAUUUUGUAUUAUUUUUGUUCACCAUGCUAGAUCACUGCAGUCAAUCCAAUGCUACAUAUUUCAAUGAGUUGGUCAAUUAAUUUGUAGGCAUCAAUGGUCACACAUUAUUUACUAAUUUUGAUGCUGCCUCCCCAAAGAUAUCUUCAUACUGUGAGUUUCUUGGAUGAUGCCCCUAUAAGUGUUUUAUCCACAAGUGAUCCUGAAUGAUAGGAGCACAGGUGAUAGGACAGCCUUUAUUUUUUCAAGGAAAUGUUGGUGUUAUAUGUGUGGUCUGUAGUGGGGAGGAAGUGGUGGCCUCCAGACAAGUUACCUGUAGAGAUGAACUAGCAAAGUUCAGAGAGUACUUGAUAUUGGCUUCCAGUGCUGAGCUUAGACUUAAAAACGGAGUUAUAUGGUGCCAUUGUUGCCCACAUUACUCCUGUCAAAUGGCUUUAGAAAAAAUCAAAGAUAUAAAGUGGUGCACUUACUGAAUUAUCUAAAAAACAUAUUAGACAUAAAAGUGGAAUUUCUGUGGUUAUCCAAUCAUACAUAUAAUACAUUUUGUGCUUGAAAACCCAUUGAUAUGUAAUAUAAUGUCAUUAGUAUGGUCCUCCAGUCAGACUUUUUUUUUUUUUUUUAGUCCUAUAAACUACAUAAUGUUAAGAUUUGACAGAUGAAGGUGAAUUUAAGAGAUGAAGUGAGUCAGAUGAGGGCCCAGUGAUAAAAGCCAACAAUAUGAAAUGGGCUCUUGUUUAUACCUAAGCCAAGGAUAUUAUAAGAGAAAUUUAAGUUGGAAUGUUGAAUAAUGGAUGUUUUAUUUUUAAUUUUCCAUAAAUCCUUAUGGCA